AGCAUGGUUUAUUUCAUUUCGUAUUCAAAAUCGAAUUAACACACCUUCUACACAUCCUUACAAAGCUUUAUACAACAUCAAUAUGGGAGACAAUAUUUCUUUAGGGCCCAAGAAGUUCAACACUGGGCUGGCAGACUAUUCCAUUUCAAACAAUGACAAAACUGGUCCUUAUGCAGACACUCUUGAAAUAGAUGCCCUUGUGGUUGGGGCAGGUUUCGCUGGUAUCUUUGUGCUUAAGACUCUUCGUGAUCUUGGUCUAAAAGCAUAUAUAUUUGAAGCUGGUAAUGACAUUGGUGGCACUUGGCGUUGGAAUUGCUAUCCAGGUGCUGGAGUUGACUCUGAGGUGCCUGAGUACGAAUUUUCCUGGCCUGAAGUAUGGAAGUCGUGGAAUUGGUCAAACAAUUAUCCCAACUAUGAGGAUCUGCGAGCAUACUUUGAUCACGUUGAUAAAGUCAUUGGAGUCAAAAAAGACUGCGCAUUCAACACUGUUGUAGUUGGAGCACACUUUGACUUGGCGGCAGGAAAAUGGAUCAUACGUACCGAAGACGGCCGAAUCACAAAGGCCAAGUAUCUCAUCCCUGGGACUGGAUUCUCGGCCAAAAGAUAUAUCCCUGACUGGCCUGGAAUUGACAAAUUCAAAGGCACCAUUCACCAUUCAUCAUUUUGGCCGGAAGAAAAGAUAAGUGUAAAGGACAAAAAAUGUGCUGUUAUAGGCACAGGGGCAUCUGGAGUGCAAAUAGUACAAACCUGGGGCCCCGAAGCUGGAGAACUCAAAGUCUUCCAACGCACUCCCAAUCUCACGAUUCCGUUGCGCAGACGAGAUCUAAGCAUUGAAGAGCAAGAGAAGACUAAGAAAUAUUAUCCAGAACUUUUUAGAUAUCGUGAAACGAGCUUCGCAGGCUUCAUGUAUGACUGGGCUGAGAAGAACACGUUCGACGACACGGCCGAAGACCGAGAAGCAUUUUAUGAAGAAAUGUGGAAUGGUGGCGGAUUCCGAUUCUGGCUUGCGCUAUACAAAGACAACCUCUUCAAUGCAGAAGCAAAUAGAAAAUCCUACGAUUUUUGGGCUAAGAAAAUCCGAAGUCGUAUAGAAGACCCGAAAAAAAGGGAUAUACUGGCUCCUCUGGACAUGCCUCAUUAUUUCGGGAUUAAACGACCUUGUCUCGAGCAUAACUACUAUGAGCAGUUUAAUAGGCCAAAUGUCGAUGUUGUAAACAUCAAAAACAACGCUAUCAAGGCUUUUGAUGAAACUGGUAUCAUUCUUGAAGAUGGAACGCACCAUGAAUCUGACGUGAUCGCGAUAGCAACGGGCUUUGAUAUUGUGACGGGAGCAAUGACACAACUAGGGCUUGAGAGUCUGUCUAAGACUAAACUCGACGAAGAGUGGCUCUCUGGCGCCCAAACAUACCUAGGUCUCACCGUAAGCGGGUACCCCAAUAUGUUCUAUCUGUACGGCCCUCAAGCUCCAACCCUUUUCAGCAACGGCCCGAGCACCAUAGAAGUGCAAGGCCGCUGGAUCGCCGAUUGCAUUCAAAAGAUGCAGCUCAAUGGUAUUAAAUACAUAAAUCCGAAGCACGCGGCAUCUGUAGCUUGGAAGAAGAAAAUCGUCGAUCUCACUAACGAGAUGUUGGUUCCGACCGUGAGAUCAACUUAUAUGGGUGGAAGUAACCCUAACAAGACCCUUGAACCGGUCUGUUACCCCAGCGGGGUUCCUACGUAUGCAAAGGAAAUUCGCAAGGCGCUUGAUGAUAUGUCGGGUUUUGAUGUGGUAUAUAACUGAAAGUAGAGGCACUAAUAGAAUUUGUGGCGGAGCAACAGUCAUAGUAUUCCCACGGCUAUUAAAUGUUUCAUAUUUCACAAAUCAAAUGUAAUAUAAGAGAAACAGUGUGUUGACUUUCGACUAACAUUUCAUAUUGUGAAUUGAAU